ACGUCGCCGCCCCCACACACACUCACACACACUCACGGGAGGGCGCGGCAGACGCGCUCCCGCCGAUAUUAUAAGGUUCCACAUAUACUGUGCGAUCCUGGUUGUGUCCGCGCGUCGUAUAGUCCCCCCCCCCCCCACCCGAAAAAGCCCAGCACGACUAAACAGUCGACACCCCAGACCCAGUCGCUGUGUGGCCUCCGUUGCGUGCAGCUGUCGACGCUAUACGCUCCGUGCCGGACUCUCUCUCUCUCCUCUCUCCCCUCUAUCUCUCCUCUAUCUCUCUUUGAUUCUUUUUAUUCAACUUGAAUCAUUCAAAACGUGAAAUUCUUGUCAAUGAUUCAAAUUUUAUCGAUUUCGUGACUAUGUGGUGACACAUCGACGAAAUCAAAAGGAAAGAAAAUUGAAAAUUUUUGGCCAGGAGUGUGCACUGGACACUGGACAUUAAUUUUUUUUUAAAUCCGCGCAAGCUAUUAUGGCCACAGGCUGAAAAGAAAUCCAAUUUCGAAUUCAAAGUGCUGUUUUUUUUUUUAUAAUUUUUUUGAAAUUCCCGCUCAUUUUUUUUUAAGCGCGAAAUUUAAAUUUUUUUAAAUUUUUUUUCGUUUUGUUUGUGUGUGUGACUUCAAAUGGACUACUGGAAGGAUAUUUCAACUUCCUCCUGGAUUUGACGUCGCCAGCUGGGAAAAAUAAUAAAAACGAAACUCUUCCGGACCGUCCGCCCCUUUUUUUAGCUUUCCCCCCCGCCCGCCCUCCUCCAAGUGAUUUGUGUUGUCGUGCGUUUCUGGUUGGUUACGUAUAUGGUGCGUCUCUUUGUGGUGCAAGUGAGUGAGAGUGAGUAGUGUGCGACUAAAUACAGUGAGCUAUAAUACCUGGAAAUUUACAAAAAAAAUUCAAACAAACCCCAAAAUUAACUGGAAUCCAGUGACAAGGUAGAAUUUUUAAUAAAAUGGAUACGACUGGGCAAGAGAAAAUGGGCCAGCGGAUGAGACGGAUCCGUCCAGCCACCGCCACCAGCUCAUCGUCAAUGAUAGUUGCCGGUUUGUUAUUGACGCUGUUCUGUCUCCUGGGCAACGCCUCUGCCACUUCAUCAUCUUCCAGUCACCAGCAGCAAAAUCACGAAAUGAGUUGGGCCAACAGCAGCAAGCCGGCCGCACUGGAAGACGGCCAGUGCCAGGACGGACUCAUCAUCCCCAUGUGGCGGCCGUACACCAACCUGAGCCUGGGCGACCGCGUCGCCCGCGGUCUCGUCUACUUCAUCGCCAUGUGUUACCUGUUUGUGGGCGUGUCCAUCGUGGCCGACCGGUUCAUGGGCGCCAUCGAGACCAUCACCUCCCAGGAGAAAGAAAUUCGCGUCAAGAAACCCAACGGCGACGUCCAGAUCGUCGUCGUCCGCGUCUGGAACGAAACGGUGGCCAACCUGAGCCUCAUGGCCCUGGGCUCUUCAGCUCCUGAAAUCCUCCUGUCCAUCAUCGAAGUCUACGCCAAGAAUUUCGAGGCCGGCGACCUAGGGCCGGGCACGAUCGUGGGUUCGGCGGCCUUCAAUCUCUUCAUGAUCAUCGGCCUGUGCGUCUACGUCAUCCCCGACGGUCAGGUGCGCAAGAUCAAGCACCUGCGCGUCUUCUUCGUGACGGCCACCUGGUCCAUCUUCGCCUACGUUUGGCUCUACAUUAUUUUGGCCGUCAUCUCGGUCGGAGUCGUCGAAGUCUGGGAGGGCAUCCUGACCUUCCUCUUCUUCCCCAUGACCAUCCUGACGGCCUACAUCGCCGACCGACGCCUCCUCUUCUACAAGUACAUCUCCAAGCAGUACCGCAUCAACCGGCGUGGAGUUAUUGUCGAGACCGAAGGGUUCAGCAACCAGAACGACAUCGAAAUGGCCAACAAACGGACGGACGGACAGCUGGGCUCGCCCGGCGGCGUUGAUAAUUUGGGGAUGAAGACGUUUGAUGAGGAGGAGAUGAACGACGACGUCAGGGAAUUUGAGGAGCACCGACGCGAGUACAUUCAAUUGCUGAGGGACCUGCGCAAGAAACAUCCCGACCUGGACAUGAGAGCGAUUGAAGCCCUGGCCAGGGAGGAGCUGGCCAACAGCGGGCCGAAAAGCCGGGCCUUUUACAGGAUCCAGGCGACUAGGAAAUUGACGGGCGGGUCGAAUUUGGCCAAAAAGGCCAUGGAUCGAGCCACUAGCGACUUGUCGCAGGUGGUGGCCUCGCCCAGCGUGCCGGACUCGAGACUGGGCGUGUCGGAAGGCAAGAUCCGCAUCUACUUCGACCCUGGACACUACACGGUGAUGGAGAACGUGGGCGAGUUCGCGGCUUCGGUCCGACGGGACGGCGGAGAUGUGACCCAAUCGGUCCAGGUCGAUUACAAGACCGAGGACGGGUCGGCCAACGCCGGGACGGACUACAUCGCUGUCCAGGGAACGUUGACCUUCCUGCCGGGCGAGACGCUCAAGACCUUCAACGUUUGCGUCAUCGACGACGACGUCUUUGAGGAGGAUGAGCAUUUCUACAUCCGGUUGAGUAACGCCCGUCCGGCCGGAACGGGUAACGGGUCGGGACGGGUCAGCCGCAGCGGAAGUUCCGUCUCCAACAGCGCUGGAAAGUACCGGCGCGAGCUGGCCCAGAGCGGUGGCGUCACUUCGCCCGUCAACGGUGAAGUGCCGGCCAACAAUUCGUCGUCGUUGAGCGUCCAGCAGCAGCAGCCGGCCAACGGGUCGUCCUCUUCGGCCGCCACCCGGAGCUUGAGCGCUCCGGCCAUCCAGCAGCAGGCCGGUUCGACGCUGUCGGAAGUGGACGUUGAGCUGGUGGCCCCGUUCCUGGCCACGGUGAUGAUCCUAGACGACGACCAUUGCGGCAUCUUCAACUUGGCCGAUAAGGACGUGGAACUGGUCGAAUCGGUCGGCACCUACGACGUCAAGGUGCUCAGGUGGAGCGGGGCCCGCGGCCGAGUGGCCGUCCCCUACCGGACCCUGGAAGGGACGGCCAAGGAAGGCAAGGACUACAACACCAACGUCGGCGAGGUCAUCUUCGAGAACAACGAGAUCGAAAAGUACAUUUCACUGCAGAUCCUCGAGGAGGACAGCUACGAGAAGGACGUGCUCUUCUACCUGGAAAUUGAUGAACCCAGACAGUUGGGAGAUACUCCAACGAGUCCCGAUGGCCUGACCAAUCGUCCGGCCGAGGUGCUCAGCUACGACCAGAAGGUGUCCCUGCUCGGCCGGCCCAAGCUGGGCGAAAACACCCGUCUGCAAAUCCGUGUCAAAGAAAGCAAAGAAUUCAAGAACACGGUCGACAAAUUGGUGCAACGAGCCAACGCCUCGUUGGUGGUCGGAUCUUCGUCGUGGAAAGAGCAGUUCAUCGAGGCCAUCACCGUCAAUCCAUCAGAAGAUGAAGAUGAAGACGGCGAAGCGAAAAUGCCUUCCUGCGGCGAUUACGUCCUCCACUUCUUGACGCUCUUCUGGAAGAUCCUCUUCGCGUUCGUGCCUCCGACAGACAUGUCGGACGGUUACGUGGCCUUCGUCGUGUCCAUAUUGUUGAUCGGGGCUCUGACGGCCGUCAUUGGCGACUUGUCGUCCCAAAUGGGCUGCACCGUCGGUCUCAAAGACUCGGUCACGGCCAUCGCCUUCGUGGCUUUGGGUACCAGCAUCCCAGACAUGUUCGCCAGCAAAGUGGCGGCCGCUCAGGAUCAGUACGCCGACGCGUCGGUCGGCAACGUGACGGGAAGUAAUGCCGUCAACGUCUUCCUGGGCAUCGGCAUCGCCUGGUCCAUCGCCGCCAUCUACAGAGCCUAUCACGGCGAAGCCUUCGUCGUGCCAGUCGGAAAUCUGGGCUUCUCGGUGGUGCUCUUCUGCAGUUUGGCCAUGAUCGCCUUGCUGGUGAUGAUGCUGAGGCGUUCCAAAGCUAUUGGCGGCGAGCUGGGCGGUCCCCGAGGUUACAAGAUAGCCACCAGCUGUUUAUUCGUCUUCCUCUGGCUCUUCUACGUUCUCAUGUCUUCGCUCGAAGCCUACGGUUACAUCAACGGUUUCUAGAUAUCUCUGUAUAGCAGAUGUAUAGGAAAAGAUGUGCGGACCGCCAGAAAAAAGAAAAGAAGAAGAUUAUAUACAUUAAGAAGACGACCGAGAUGCUUCCCCCGGCACAUUUAUAACAAAACGAAAAAAGAAAUCCUUAUAAACAUUUAAAAAAACCGCCAUCAUCUCUUUUUUAUGGAAAACAUUUUUUCAAAUCUUCCCCCCAUUUUUGUUUUUGGUCGAUUACGACUGAUGAUGUUUCCUCUCUUUAUAUAACUAUUAUCUCUUCCUUGCAUUUAAAAAAUCCUCAUGUCUUCUUCGUCGACAAAAGAUAUCCUCGCCCAUAUAUUAACUUAGACUUUAUAUUCUUUUCGGUUAUAUAUCAAUUAAUCGUAGCUCUAUACAGCAAGCAGCAUCUCGUGUGAAAAGUUAUACAUCACAUAUAGAAGAAGAAGAAGGAAAAAGAGAUCAUCAUAAAAGAACUCGUCAUUCGGCCUAGAUAUACAAUGGCACAAUCAUCGGCUAUUUGGCGGGAUUUACUUUAAAUAAUACGCUCGUUGGAAUUUGAUUUUACAAUAUCAGGAUGACGAACAAGGAUAUAAUAGGCCUACAUACCAAAAAAACGAUUUGCAUUCAACAACACUCUCACAUUUAUUAGAUAUCAUCCCGGACAUGAUAUACAAGAAGCUGUACAUGAAUUUAAUUCAAAGAAAUUCAAAACCCAAAGAAGAAUAAGAAUUUUUUUUUCUAUUUUUUUUGCUGUUGAUUGCCACGCGAUUAUCAAUUGAAAAGGAAAAUGGGAAAAAAUGUCUCCUGGAGAAAUUUGAAUUAUGCUGCCAUUUUUUGUAGAUUCUUCCCCCCCAGGGUUUUAUAUAAAUAGAAAUUGGUGGGAUAUCAAUUCGGUCGGUUCAAUAAUUUGACCACUUGUUGCUGUGUAAAAUUGAAGGAAAAAUAUUUCUCAAAAUUCGUCGUCAUGUAUGUCAAAGGACAUAAACAUUAGACAUAAUUGACUUUCCCCCUCUUCCUCCUCCCUCAGAAAUUGGUCUCCAUUUAGUCCUCCCUUUUUUUCAAUUUAUUACCUCUAAAUAUAAUUAUGUUAUUAGUCGAAAAAAAAAAUUAUCUGAAUGAAAAAUCGAGAUUAUUGUUACGAUGACUUUUUAUUUGUUGUUUUUUUCGACCAUUUCUGUUGUUUGUUUGUCUCUAUAUACAACUGCCUUUAACAACAACAACAACAACACACACACAAUCUAGGAAAAAAAUAAUUUCUUCGAUUAUAUAAUUAUUAUACUUUAUAUAUUACAUGUUGAAAUUUCCCUUGGUCGAUUCUCCUUUUAUAUAGAUAUCGCGCCAGCCAUCAGUUGAGUCUUUUGAUUAUUAUUAUCCCACAUUUUGGUUGUUUUUUUUCUGUUUUGAUUUGUUUUCAAGUUGAUUGAUGUUUUUACGCCAUCAUAGCAAUUCCUCCUCCAUGGGUACACGCGCAUACACGCGUAAAUUACGUCAUAGAUAUCCUACGUAUAUAUGCGAGAAGUCAAGAUCAAACGAAUCUAGGAGCUAUUGUGUAGAAAGUAACGCGCUCUGCUCCUCACCACGUCAGCAAAGAAAAUGUAAGAAGCGCGCUUGUUAUUUCACACACACAUUUCAGACAGAAUUCUUAUAGCUACACACACAUGUACAUGUUCAAACGCGAAAAGGCAAACCUAAUAACCUAUAGCAACACCAGCAGCAGCAGAGAAGAGAAGCCGUUAGAAUAUUUGUUGAAUCAUUUCGAUUAUUUUUUCACUUUUAUUUUAAUUUUUAAUUUUUGUUUUAUUGACGUAAAAAAUAUAUAGGAAGUAUAUACUAUUAUAUUCCCCCUCGUUGGCGUACGCCUGUUGUUGGACACGAAUCUGUUUUUAUUUCGAAUUUUUUUUUUAAAUUGAAUUAUCAUCAACCAAAAGAAAAAUUAAGAGAAAUCAAUAAGGGCCAAAAAAAAUCUCUGUGUGUUUCAGCAAUUUUUAAUUAGAAUUUGUUGAUUCUCGUCAAACCUCCCGAAAUGUUUGCAUACAUUUUUUUUUAAAUAGGCAUGCAUUGUUAUUACAUCAAAUACAUGAAACAGAAAACCUCAAACAGAUUAUAAUAUCUUUCCCUCAGACUAUAGAUAUCUGUUUUAAAAAAUAUUAUUUUGGCUUUUAAAACAAAUGAAUUAACUUCAACAGGCGACACCAGCAGGCCUGGCAAAACAUCAGCAGGGCGUACACUAUAUACAACAAUAUGAUCGAAUUAUGUAUAAGGCGGGAAUUAUAUACGAGUGAAUAAGACGCGCACACACGAUCAGUUAAUAUUAUUUACAAUUCAGCAGUCUACAUACAACAACAUCCUAUUAUUCUUUUAUCUUAUUCUUCAUUUUAUUUGAUUCUUACAUUUGUGUUAUUCGGUUGUCUGAUUGUUUUUUUUUCUUAUUUUCCACCUGAUUGCAUUGGCCCAAUAUAUAUACAUCUGUUGUUAUGUUUUCCCUUCUUUUCUUUUCUUUUCUUAUAAGUUAUAUCGAUGUUUUUGUUUUCCUUUAUUUCAUCUCCAUCCCAGCUCCUUUUGCGAUGCGAUCCACCCGUGCUCAGCCAUCCGCAACGUCUGCUGCUGCUGUGUUCCUCCGCCGCCCAAAUCUUAUAAAUAUCUUCGGGGAUGGAUGUUUUCCUUUUAUUGUCAACUCGACAAUAAUGACGAUGAACCGUUUUUCUUUUAUCAACUCAAUUUCCCCUUUCAUCAAGAAAAAAAGGCUCAGCAUCGGAAUUUUCCCAAUAUAUUGCUAGGCCGAAAGGUUUUUCAUUAGCUAUACAUCUUAUGAUGUGGGAGAAAUUCGAUGAAUGUUAUUUUUGAUUGAGUUCUGAUGAUGUCGUCAUUCGUAUCGAGCCCAUAUCGCUAUAAUAAUAGAAAUGAAAUUGACAAACUGACAAUUUUGGGAUUCGAAAUUCGAUCGCUAUAAAUUCCUGUUCAAAAUGAGCCCCCAGCAGCCAGAGAACUAUAUAGUUAUGCAGCAGCUAUUAGCGUGAAGGGUAUAAUAUCACGGAUCAGCGCCGUGCUGCACAUUUGACAGUCAAAUUCAAAUCUAGAAAGAGGAGAACGAAUCCAGCCAAAGACGCAGGGCUCACAGCCAAAAACCGUCCCGACAACAAUAAAUCCCAGCAGCGUCGUCCCCAUUUUGCAGCGCUCGUCUUUCGCCCAUCAGUCGCCCAUCUCAGAGGACGAGAGAGAUAGUAUAAAAACAACGCAAGCGCCAGUGAGAAACAUGUAUAAAACCGGGAGGGAGAAAAGAAGAUUGCGCAAGGGAGAACAAA